GUCACAUAUAUAAACCCGUGAAACAGCUCCAAUAUAUCAGGGUCUCUUAUCCUGCAACUUGCAUCUAAUCAUCCCACAUCUACCUCAACCCAUUCACCAUGACCGUCUGCCAGGCCUUCUCCAGCGCCCUCGCCAACAAGGGUAUGAACGCACAGCAGCUCGCUAUCGCCACUCAGAGUGAUCAAGGGCGCAUAUCCCAAAUUUGCGCGGGCACUGUAACCCCCACGAGCGCGGAAUACAGCAAGAUUGCAUCUGCGUUGGGCCUGAGCAGCGUCCCUGCUAGUCACCCUUAGGGUUGAACCUUUUUGUUGUAUAGUAUUCGAUUACCUUUGUAGUCUCUGUAUCAGUAAACUAUGAUAUGAUAUGCUGGAUGAUUCGGCCCUGA